CACUUAUCAGUCAUCUUGAAAAAGAUCCAUGUGAAACAGAAAUGCUUGUUUCUUGAUUUUUGACAUUCUGGGUUCAAGGAUCUUCACCUUUAGUGACGGCCCAUGACGUUGAUGGGCGAUGCCGAGUCAGGACUGCAGAUCUGUGAGAAAUGUCGAAACAAAAAAGAAAAAAAGAAAAUACAGAGCACAAGUCCAGGGUAAAGCUGUUAAUUACUGAGCUGAUGAUGAUGCGGGCCUCAAUCCGCAAGAGAUACAGGUGAGGAGAUACUGGUUGGCAUGGAAUAUCACCAUGUUCAAGGUUUACACCAAGAGAUAGCUCUGCCAGGAUAGCUUACGACGCUUGUAGGGUUGGAAGGUUCUCCAACUUGAGCGAGUGAGUUGUCAACGUCAAUGUCAAUUCGAUUCCUCAGUCAUCAACUUGAGACAUACCUUGCUCUCCCCUUCAACACCAACAAAUCUCUAUCUUGCUCUUCUUUUUUACUUCUCUCUUUCUAUUGAAUAGCUUCGCGCUACCCCGCGGACUAAGGUACCCUUUUCUCACCAUUUACCCACCCGCCUGGCUCGCGGGCUCCAGUAUCCGAUCUCAGCUAAACCAGGUCCAGAACUUGUUACCCAGCAGGGACCACCAGCUGUUCUAGGCUUUAGCUUCAGCACCCUACGGCCGUUGUUACAGGCUGCCUCCUCCCCCCAACCUCAUCUCAAUUGAUUUGAUUCAUCAACAACCAACAACGUCCGUUAUCGCUCCACUCUCAUCCAUUAUCAUCAUCCUUUCAAAACUCCAACUUUCUUUGAUCACGAUACAUACACAUCAACGACUGAGCUACAGUAUUGCUGGCAAAUAUCCCCCAGGCUGUCAAUACCACCUUCUCCAUACACUAUCGGCCCAAGCGAGAUGCCCUCUGUGGUGACCCCCGUCGUCUGACGCCCGGCCCCUCCCCCAUUCUAUCGUGUCCCCAUUUCCAUCAGCUCCAAUCCCCAUCCCAACCCAUCGCGGGACAUUCGGUAACCCUUCCUAUCGAGACAAGCUCCUUGCUCUUGUCUCACUCGAUAUCGCUCAACACAACACAAUUCAAACCUCAAACUUCUUCUCCUCAUCCACUAAGGUACUCUCUCUUUUUCCUCACGAUUAUCGUUGACGACAACACCCCUGCCCUGGUCCACGCCAGAUAAGGCCAGCCCAAGUGCGCGAUCGCGCCACAUAACCCAGCCGCUGUCGUCUUCUCUUUCACAUCUUCACCAUGGGUAAUUCCAACACAAAAGAGUCUCGCCCCGAGGGCGAUCCUCGUCAAUAUGCAGGUCCCGGCGAUCCUUCAGUACGCGAGCAUUUACAAAACACCAGCUCGAGGUCGAACCGACGAAUGAGCAGAGCCGAGAUAAACAUCUUUGGUAUCGGUCCCAGUUCCUCCCGCAAUCGUGAACAACCAGAUGCUCCCUUUGAGCGUCGCGAAACAAAGCAGGAGCGUGAGGCGAGGAGGUUAGAAAGGGAGCGCGUGGCUCGAGCAAAGGAACGGGAGAGGAGUAUGCGCGAAGAGCACGUUGAUGGAGGUUAUCUGGUAACAUUGGGCACCUACACCGGUACUGAGGACUUUAGCAAGCCUGUCGUGAGGCAGCUACAGAUAGAGAGAAAGCUUGCGCCAUUCUGGCGAGGCCUUAAUGAUUGGUCUUCGAGCUGGGCCGAGCAUCAACUCGUCGCUGCAGCCCGUGGCCUUCCUAUCCCCCCCGCCGAUGCGCCUCCCGACCCAGAACUCAUCCCGCAACCUCCUCCCGCAGAGAACCCAUCGUCUUCGAGCCAGAACCUCCAGAAUUUGACGGUGCCUAUGGGACCUAGGACACUUUCUGCCGCAUCGGAUCGCAGCGGAUCGAACACAGGUUCCGCUCUCCCUUCGCCGUCGACACCUGGAGCAAGCAAGUCGCCUUUCAAGCCACGAGCCAAAGCUCUUGCCGCUGCCCUCAGCGGUGGUUCUCGAAAUGCCUCGUCAACCGAUUUGUCGCCAAAGGAGAUCGCUCUUCCUCAUGAUCCCUUUGUGAACGGCCAACCCAUGGAGGUUUUCCUUUACAAAGAUGCUGAGGAGUGCCCUAUCUGCUUCCUGACAUAUCCGCCUUACUUGAACCGCACCAGAUGCUGUGACCAAAAUAUCUGCAGCGAAUGUUUCGUUCAGAUCAAGCGCGCUGAUCCUCACCUUCCUGAGCAUCAUCCCAACGGUGAAGCUCGGGAUCCUAAUGAAGGUCUCAACCCGGACGACCCGCCCGAGAUGCUUAUCUCGGAGCCCUCGGCAUGCCCCUACUGCCAACAGCCUGAAUUUGGCGUCACAUACGACCCUCCCCCCUUCCGCCGGGGUCUUGCGUACUCGAGCGGCCCAUCACACGGCACAGCCAUGUCUUCGCAGACUUCACUAAACAGCACACUGCAGACCCCACCCACACCCGGCCGUCGACGCGCACAUAGUUUGUCUGCGAACGCGCCGAAUGUCAUCACCACCGAUCGCGUGCGUCCCGAUUGGGCGGCGAAACUUGCAUCAGCGAGGAACCACCAAGCACGAAGAGCUGCAGCGGCCACUGCCCUUCACACAGCUGCAUUUCUCAUGGGCGGAAACGAACAGAGAUCGAUUCUUCGCCCGGGUCGAUUUGGCCGAAGGAACACUGGAAACAACGAUUCAAAUGCUAGUCCCAGCCCCAGCGGACAGGGCCAAGCAGACGGUGCACAGGACGACGCGAGCGAGGGGCCGGAACCUGGAGCUAGAGGAUCUUCACGGAACGGUACAGGACGAAGGAGUCGCAUGGACGAACUUGAGGAGAUGAUGUUUAUGGAGGCAGUUCGUCUUUCUCUAGCUUCUGAAGAAGAGCGCAAACGUAAGGAGGAAAAGGCUAUUCGAAAGGAGACUAAGAGACGAGAGAAGGAGGAACGUAAAGCCGCCAAGAAGGGUGGACAUCCAUACAGCGGAAGUGCAAGUGGUGCGAGUGCUAGUAGCUUGUCACUCGGAGGAUUGGGUCGACGACGAGGCAACAGCACUGCCAGCAAUCUCCGUGUAGAAGCUACCAUGUCUAGGGCAUCACAAGCUUCGAGCGCACCGGAUUCGCCAGCAGAGCCAAAGGCUAAGGACGAUGGGCCCGCUGGAAAAGGCAAGGGAGUGGAUCGAGGCACGUCUGAUAACCAGGCUGGACCAACAUCAUCAUCGAGUUCUCUGCCACUACCGGCUGGGCCUUCGCGUGGAGGAUCACAUCUUAGGCAGAUGAGCAAUGCCUCCUCAGUUGGGUCAUCAGUCAACGAUAGCCCGGUUGGCACAUACACGGGACCCGACUACCUGGGCGCCGACUUAGGUCCUCGGUCUAGUGGGCUGAGCCUUGGUGCUUACAGCGACGAUGGAGAACGCGACGGCGGAAGCGCCGGAUCUGAGCCCAUGUUCAACUUUAGCAGUCUCGCUCAGAUGGUUGGUGCCGAUCUCGAAAACGGACAAAUGCACCGCAACGAUGAGGGAGAGUCUCACGAUACACAUGGUCGACCACUCUCACAAGUGAAGGAGGAUGAGAAGGAGGACGCAGAGGCAGAGCACGUUGAGGGUGUGACAACUGCUAAGACAGAAGUUGUCCCUAGUUCUCUUGCUGCCCCAGCUGUUAUGAUCACACCGGAAACUCCCGCGGCUGUGGAUGAAGCAGAACAUGAAGCUAAGCAACUCGGACAUUCUGAAAUUACAACGGUGACGGGUCGACCUGCUACAGAACAGAGACACAUUUAAAUGGGCUUUUUGUCAGGGAAGAGGGGGAUUUUGGGAUGCAUAGGCUUUUAAAGAUACGAGAAGCGUUGUCGAGGAAUGUACUUUGUAUGAGGGAGCAUCAUGUGUAGUAGCGUAUACAAAUAGUGGGCAUGUAAUAUCUAUGCCACGAGGAUCAUCACAAUGCUCAAUCGCUCGACUGGUAUCAAAUGUUUAUUCUUUAGUUCGUGGUCUGUCUAUGUCUUCUUGACUUCAACCUUGAACUUCUCCAUCCACUCACUAAACUCAUCACUCUCGCCCUCCCACCCAAGCUUCAAAACCUCGCUAACACCAACCGCACUCUCAAAACACUCCUCCAUGAGUCUAUCGAUCUCUUCCGCAUCAAGCUCGUAAAACGCACCAGCCAAAUCCCCAAAAUUAUCCGGCAACGUCUCGAGAACACUCGCUGCUUUGUCCAGCUUGGAGGGAAUGUCGCCCGUGGUGGUGUCCUUGGGAAGUUUCUUGAAGCGCCUCUUGGAAAUGGCUUGGUAUAGAAGAACGAUCAUUCGUAAACGCUUGAGAGUUGAGUCAAGACGGGGUCGGAUCUUAUCGGGGUCGGAUUUUGGGAUGGCGGAGGAGGAGUUCAUCAAGUCGUCGACCAUUUCUUGCUCCGUGAGCGACGCAUUGUUCAUAUCAUCGGCCAGACCAUCAACAUCAUCUUCAUCAUCCUCCUCCUCUCCCCACUCCUUCAACUCCUCCAUAACAUCCUUCAGCGUAUCCCUCCACUCCUCCGCCUUUCUGACAUAAAAGCCCCCAACCCCCAGAUCCGCGAGCUUAACAACCUCAUCACACGCACUCCAAAGCUUGCCCGUCAAAACAAGACUUCCCUUGCUCCCAUCCCUCCCCAGAGCAGGUAUAACCUUCCCAUCAUCAGGAACACGCUUCAACAAACCCCACAGCUCAACGAGGACCUUUUGGCAGCGGUAUGCUAGUUCUUUCCGCACGACGCUCGUGUAGAGAUCGGGGGUGCAGGCCUGCGCGGCGGUGGCGAGGCCAGGGAUGGGGCCCUUUAUGAGCUCGCGGAUCACGGUGCUGAUGGCGCUUGGGGUGAAGGGGUCGUUUAUUAUGAGAAGGGAGAUCUUGGUUGAGUGGGCGCGGAUGAGGAGGGAUGUGUCGCGAGCGAGGGAUAGGGCGUUUAUGGAGGUUGUUUCGGGGGAGGAGGAGGAGGGUGUUGCUGGGGUUAGUGGGUUUCGUUGGAUGGUGGUGAGUGUUGAUUGGAGCUGUUCGAGGAGGGUUGUAGCUGUCGCUAUGAGUGUAGCAAGAGCCUUGCGAGACUCUUCAUCGUUCGGCGCCAUAUUGAUUGACCAGAGUAUGAGAUAGUGUAUGUGUAGAUGGUGAUGAUGCGUCACAGUUUUGCUGGUGUUGGAGGG